GGGAAAAAGGAAGAGGCUACCCCCCUUCUCUCUCCCUUUCAUCCAUUCCGUUAGUCUGCAUCCUUUGCCCGGCUUUUUUCCCUCUUGGAGGGAGGAACUUGGAAACCCUUUCCUCAGCUCCCCUUUUUCCUGCCAAAAUCGGCGCCUGACUCUUCUAUUUCUCCUUUCCCGCCAUGAAGCCCUGGCUCCUGCUCUGCCUUCUCUUGCUGCAGCAAACGCUGCAAAAUGCUCUUGGUCAGCCUGCAAAGAACAAGCGCCCCAAGGAACCAGGAGAUAACAGAAUUAAACCUGCUAACAAAAAAGGGAAACCCAAAAUUCCCAAAUUAAAGGAGAGAGAUUCCACAGACGUUUCUCCAAAGAUUCAUUCUAUAAUGACACAAGUGAUGGACAAAGGCCGCUUUCAGAAGCCUGCUGCUACUAUGAGCCUCUCUGCAGGUCAGAGUGUGGAACUGCGUUGUAAAGGAAAUAAAAUUGGAUGGAGCUAUCCGUCUUAUCAUGACUCAUUUAAAGACUCUAGACUCAGCAUCAGGCAACAUGGCAAAUAUGGUCAGCUGACCCUGGGAAAUUCUACUGCAGCGGACACUGGUGAAUACAGUUGUUGGCAACUGGUCUGCAACGGGUACAGUUGCAAGAAGGAUGAAUCAAAAACAGGUUCAACUUACAUAUUUUUUUCAGAUAAAGGGGAGCUUUUUGUUCCAUCUCCCAGUUAUUUUGAAGUUGUCUACCUUAACCCAGAUAGACCUGCAGUGAUUCCUUGCCGCGUGACCAGCCCGACAGCAAAAGUAACUCUGCAUCAAGAGUUUCCAGCUGAAGAAAUUAAAGUGGAUGGAACCAACAUAAUCUAUGACAUUAAGAAGGGCUUUGUCUAUCAGCACCCAACCUCUGAUCAGAAAGGAGUUGUUUACUGCAGAGCUGAAUCACGAGGAGCUCCUCAGAUUUCCAUUAAGUACCAGUUACUUUAUGUUGAAGUUCCCAGUGGUCCGCCUUCAGCUACAAUUAAAGCAUCAUCCAAUAAUGCAGAAGGUGGGGAUGAUGUCAGUGUUUUGUGCACUGUGUUGGGAGACCCAGAGGUAGAAGUGGAGUUUAACUGGGUAUAUCCAGGGCAAGAGUAUGAAAGACCUGUGAUUAUGCAAGAUACUUGGAGGCUGAUCGACAGAGGAAUUGGUCACACCACAAGGAUCUCUGAAAGUGUUAUUACCAUUGAAGAUUUUGAGACCAUUGAUGCUGGGAACUACAUUUGUAUAGCUCAAAACCUUCGAGGCCAGACCACAUUAGCUACAUACAUUGAACUGAUCUAACAUACUGAGCUCUCAGGUUAGAAAAACUGAACCUGAAAAGGAUUGAACUGCUUCUGGCUUGCUUUAAAUGCCGACCUGGAAAUGACUGGGAACAGAAUCUUAAUAUAUUAGAUUUGUAUCACAGAGUAAUAGACAAGCAAACAUGUGGUUUUUAAAGAGCGCGACUGAUGGUGAAAGUCCAGCAUGGGAAAACCCUAGUCCAGAAUUUGCUGUACCAUGAACUCACAUAAGUGCCUUUAAGGAACUCAAACACUUUUCUAGUUUUAUUAUCUGCUCUUCUUCCAUGUGUGUUCAUUUUAGAAGUGAACAGACCUAUUUGAGGUGGUCCACCGUAAACAUUGCUGAGGACUAAGAUUCUCCAUCAUGAUCUAUAUUGUGUAACUUUACAAAUGUGUUGUAGAAAUGCAGUAAAACCAUUAGUGGAUUCUGAAGACAUGCAUCCAGACAUCAGCAAGAGUAUCUCAAAGCAUGUUCCUGAUGCACAUUGGGCAUUUCUGAUACACAUUGGACACUUCUAAUACACAUUGGACACUUCCCAUUGGCGCUUGCUGUAUACAUUAGACAUUUCUCAUGCUCCUUGUACAUUGGGCAUUCCUCACAGGCAAUCGGGUUCUCCUACUGUGCAUUAGCACUUUCUAUCCAGUAUCCACAGUGUCCAGAUUUCAUCACACACCAUGGCUGUGCACAUCACUCACUCAACUAGCUGUCAUUUUGCAAUUGGUGCCCAUCCUUAAUAACAUCAUGGCAGCCCUUGGAUGAGAAUGGAUGUUAAUAAACUGCUCAUUUAUAUUUCUCACAGACGUAAGCCCACUUAUGAAUUCAGCCAUUGUCUUUAUCCUACUUUGAAUACUGAAGCAAUACACAGUGCUAAUAAGAAUCCAUAUAUAUUUAAAGCCAUGAGUUCUUACAAUAAAUCUUUCUGUCAUCAGGUCUAAAUCAAAUUCAUCGAAUGUUAAGACCAUUUUUUGGUCUAGCUUAUUGUGUAUACAUGAACGGAAAAACAGAAUAAUGUACAAUGUUAACUCACAAAAGGGUACGUAUCUUAGCAGUAAGAAAUAUAACUUUUAUCUUAACUCCUUUCCUCCCUCAGCAGAAUUAGGUAUUAGCAUGGAAGUGUUUAUAUUUACUGUCAAAACCAUAGUGUAUUAAUGCAUCAUCCUAAAUAUACUACUAAACUGUUACAAUCAGCAUCACAGCUGAUGGCAAUCUUGAUUUUUAAUACAUGUACACAUAAUAAAAUAGUUGGCAAAUUUUA